UCUCAUCACAAAAGCCCACCAUGAACACCGGAGGACACGAUGGGCCACGGCGGCCCACGCUGCCGCCUCUGUCCAACCGGACCCUGCGCCACCCCUCCUUCCUGCCCGUGUUCAUGGGUGCAGACUCCCGUCUCACCGACUGCAGCAGCCAAACGAUGCUCCCCAUCAUCCCAGCUGAGCUCUUCUACACGGACCCCACCAUGAGCUGCGGGCAGAGGGUCCCCAACGUGGUCAGUGAGCUGCAGGUUUUAGAUUGCUUCCACCUAAACACUCCGACACCCAUCAUGUCCGCCUGCCCAGCUCCACCCACCCGUCCCGACCCGUUCAGAUCAGGACCACACCCCACCAGGGAUCUGGGCAGCCUCACCACGAAAGUAAAUCCGCUCCACCUUCCGGUGCGGCCGACGCGAGUCGUCCUCCAGCUCACCCAGGAGGAGGACCAGGCCGUCACCAAUCUCCUGCAACUGCACCACCAAGAAGAGCCUUUGCAUUGGGGCUCGUCUGAGGGAGGAGUCGCGCCCCUCUGGAACGAUGUGCCGUGUGCAGAAGAGUCCAGGUUGCAGCAGGGACGGCGUUGGUCAGAUACCGAGCUGGAGGCGGCUAACACCCUCCUGAGGGGCUUCAGCCCGAUGGAGAAGGACGCAACCGCCUCAAAUCAGUAGCCACACCUCCUGAGGAUUCAUCUUCAGACACUGAAACCCAACGACUCACGGGAUCAAGCGCCUCUGAGGCGCUUCUUUACUAGCUUUCUUUUUAUGGAAACCAUUAGCUGAGUUCUUUGCACUGGUAGCUCACGUUUUUGACUUGUCUCGACACCAAAACCCCUUAAUGCCUCACUUGAAUCUCCCUUUUUGUAUUGCACGUUUUCCUUUGUAAUUUUCUUACCGUAUAAGUGUUCAAUAAAAAUGAUCAACCGUUGAGCCUCUAUUUUAAAAGACACAUUUUUAAUAAAAUCACGACUACUGCUUUUGAAGGAGAGAA